AUGAUAAACGAGGGAUUAGGUGAUAUAGUUAUGAUAAUGAAAUUAGAACAAGUGGCUAGUAGGAAAAAGGCGAAUGUUGAAAAUGGUUAUAAAGAGGAAAACGAAAGACUAAAAACACAGGGCGAUAGUUAUUUAAAAGAAAUUGAACGAGCAAAACACCACGAGGAACGAGGAAAAAUUAAAUGUCUAUGCGGUUUCUGCGAACAAGAAGCGAUUAUUAGAGGAGAAGUAAAAACCAAGAUUAGAAAAGAACAAAAACAAGCAGAAAAAGAUAAAAGGGUUAGGAAGUUCGUUGAUAAACAGUUAGAGGAAUUGUUGAAAAAUGAUAAAGUUUAUCAAAAGGCGAUUAAGGAACAAGAGGAAAAUAAGAAACAAAUGGAGGAAUUAAAAGCAGUUAAAGAAUUAGAGGAUAAAGAAAAAUUGAAUAACCGAAUUAAAGAAUUGAAAGAAGCGAGAGAGAAAGGCGAACAAGUUAUAAUUUAUGUUGAUGGAGCAAGGAACAAUUGA